CAACCUUGUCUCGUUUUUUCGUGCAAGGCCAAGCAAGUCAGCCCGUAGAGAUCUAGCCAUUCCACUGUGCGCGCAGCAGCCCCGCAGCCUGCGCCGUUCGGAGCCCGGCCCCGCCCGGUGACUGGGGCCCCAAAAAGUAUAGAGCUCCGAGGUGCACACCUCGUCCACGCCGUCGACGCGACAAUCAUGGACGCCGUCUCCCCCGCCUCGACCGUACGAACGCUAGAUGACGAGUUCUCGCCCACCAGCACGAACCGCAGCUUAGAUCAUGAGGCGGCGACCGACGACGAAAACACGCCAACAACCUUGAGGAGGAACGACCUCUCCUUUCACGCCGCCGGCGACGCGCGCGACUGGGAAAGUAGCAUCGCGGCCAUGGAGAGCCAGUCCGAGUCAUGGCAGGACUGCUGCGACUUCCUCAAGGUGCCGUUUGGGCCUCUUUUGCACUGCCUGUCGUUCCUCGAUGGCUCCGGACUCGCUCGCUUAGAAACGGCCUGCCCACCUUUACUAAGAACGCGAGUCUGCGAGUCGGCCUCGAAGGCCACGGUCCUAGCGGCAUUGCGACGAGCCUCGGACAAAGCGCCGGCAGUCGACACGUCCUGGAAGCGCCUCGCGGGCUGGAUCGGCUCGCCUCCCGCCUGGAGGGUACUGCGAGAGCUCCACUGCACGACGAACGGCACCAAGUGGUCUUGGAGAGAGGGCUGGGCGUCGCCGGGCGACUGGCCAGACGUCUCGAAAUGGUUUGGAGUGCGGUGCAAGCGAGGCCGGGUCGUGGGGUUGCGGUUGUUCGACAACGGGUUGUCUGGCGGUCUACCUAGGUCCGUUGGUCGGUUGUCCAACUUACGGGAAUUGUUGUUACAACAUAACUCGUUGACAGGAAUGCUACCGGAGUCGCUCGGUGACCUGAGUAGAUUGGAGGCGUUGGACGUGUCGAACAACAGUUUUGAGGGGGGGCUGGAUGCGAUUGCGCGGUGCAAACGGUUAGAGUACUUGAAUUGUUCGCAGAACAAUUUUACUGGUUCUUUACCGGAUCUCCGGUUAAGCAAGCUCGAGGCUUUUCAUUGUGAUCGGAAUCAACUAUCAGGAUCCUUGCAAGUGUUGGGGCGCCUGCGUUCUCUAGAGGUCCUGAACGCGUCGCGAAACAAUUUUGAAGGCGCGCUGCCGGAUUUGUCGAGAUUGUCGAAGCUGAAAGCCUGCUUCCUCGGCCACAACCGGCUGACGGGGUCUUUGAGGGAUCUUGACAUCGGCGCAUCACUCGUAGAGCUCUACGUCAACGACAAUUCGUUAGAUGUCGAUGAGCUGCCCGCGGCGCUCGCGGCGCUGAACGUGUGCUUCACGGCCGGGAACGGCGUGCCCUAGAGUUUUGAUAAGUGUGGUUUUAC